AUGUCAAUGCCAAAUAGCGAUCACGAGAAGAGGAAGCAGAUUUCGGUUCGUGGCAUUGUCGACGUCGAGAAUGUCGGAAACUUUAAGAAAACCUUCAACAGACACCUUCAUUACACCCUAGUGAAGGAUCGCAACGUCGCCACGAGCCGUGAUUACUACUUCGCCCUGGCUCACAGUGUCAAGGACAAUCUCGUGUCACGAUGGAUUCGCACUCAGCAGCACUAUUAUGAGCAUGAUCCCAAGAGAGUGUAUUAUCUGUCUUUGGAAUAUUAUAUGGGAAGAUCUCUACAAAAUACGAUGAUCAAUUUAGGGAUACAAGGAGCCUGCGAUGAAGCUAUGUAUCAGAUGGGCUUAGAUAUAGAAGAAUUGGAAGAACUUGAGGAAGAUGCUGGACUUGGUAACGGAGGACUUGGUCGUUUAGCUGCCUGCUUUUUGGACAGCAUGGCUACUUUAGGUUUAGCUGCUUAUGGAUACGGUAUACGUUACGAGUAUGGUAUAUUUGCACAGAAAAUAAAGAAUGGUGAACAGAUAGAGGAACCUGACGACUGGCUUAGAUAUGGCAAUCCUUGGGAGAAAGCUCGACCAGAAUUUAUGCUACCUGUGAAUUUUUACGGUCACGUGAUUGACACCCCGGAAGGCAAGAAAUGGGUAAAUACGCAGGUCAUUUUUGCCAUGCCCUACGAUAGUCCAAUUCCCGGCUAUAAAAAUAAUGUUGUUAAUACAUUAAGGCUAUGGUCUGCAAAGUCACCCAUAGAAUUUAAUUUAAAGUUCUUUAAUGACGGUGACUACAUACAGGCCGUGAUUGAUCGUAAUCUGGCGGAAAAUAUCUCUAGAGUUCUUUAUCCCAAUGACAAUUUCUUCGAAGGCAAGGAGCUUAGGUUGAAGCAGGAAUAUUUUAUGGUAGCCGCUACUCUGCAGGACAUUAUCCGAAGAUACAAGGCCAGCAAGUUUGGCUCGAGAGAGCAUCAUAGAACUGAUUUCAGAACUUUCCCUGAUAAAGUAGCUAUCCAACUCAAUGACACGCAUCCUUCUCUAGCUAUUCCCGAGUUAAUGAGAAUCCUUAUCGAUGUUGAGAAACUUUCUUGGAAAGAGGCUUGGGACAUUACAACGCGUACGUGUGCUUACACAAAUCACACAGUUCUUCCUGAAGCUUUAGAGAGAUGGCCCACCAGUAUGCUGGAGAGCAUUCUUCCAAGACAUUUGCAAAUCAUUUAUGAGAUAAAUCACUUGCAUCUUCAAGAGGUCGCAGCCAAAUGGCCUGACAAUAUGGAUCGUAUUCGCCGCAUGUCAUUAAUAGAAGAAGAAGGCGAGAAGAGAGUUAACAUGGCUCAUCUGUCGAUUGUUGGCAGUCACGUUAUAAACGGAGUCGCUCGUCUCCAUUCAGAAAUUCUCAAAGACAGUGUCUUCCGAGACUUUUACGAAUUAACACCGGAGAAAUUUCAAAACAAGACGAAUGGUAUCACGCCAAGAAGAUGGCUGCUGCUCUGUAAUCCAAAUCUGUCCGAUAUAAUUGAAGAAAAAAUCGGUAGCGAAUGGACAGUUCAUCUGGAACAAUUGGAACAAUUAAAGAAGUGGGCGAAAGAUCCAGUAUUCCAACGUAAUGUUGUUAAAGUCAAACAAGAAAAUAAAUUACGGUUAACCCAAUUAUUAGAGAAAGAAUAUGGUGUUCGGGUUAAUCCAGCAUCUAUCUUUGAUAUCCAGGUGAAACGUAUACACGAGUACAAGCGGCAAUUGUUGAAUUGUUUACACGUCAUUACUUUGUACAAUCGAAUAAAAAGGGAUCCGUCCGCUCAUUUUGUUCCACGAACUGUGAUGAUAGGCGGUAAGGCAGCACCAGGUUAUCAUCUGGCAAAGAAGAUCAUCAAGCUCAUUUGCAGCGUCGCUAAUGUCGUUAACAACGAUCCGAUUGUUGGCGACAAACUGAAGUUAAUCUUUCUUGAGAAUUAUCGAGUGACCUUGGCUGAGAAGAUCAUACCAGCCGCAGAUCUGAGCGAACAAAUUUCGACUGCUGGCACCGAAGCAUCUGGCACCGGCAACAUGAAGUUUAUGUUGAAUGGUGCAUUGACGAUUGGUACCCUGGAUGGUGCAAAUGUAGAAAUGGCAGAGGAGAUGGGUAAUGAGAACAUUUUCAUUUUUGGUAUGACAGUAGAGGAAGUAGAAGCUUUGCAAAGAAAAGGCUAUAAUGCGUAUGAUUACUAUAAUAAACUACCGGAAGCCAAACAAUGUAUCGAUCAAAUCCAAGGAGGAUUCUUCAGCCCAAAUAAUCCCAAUGAAUUCCAAGAUAUCGCUGAUGUGCUGCUUAAGUGGGAUAGAUUCCUACUCUUAGCUGAUUACGAGAGUUAUAUAAACAUGCAGGACCAUGUUAGCAAAGUCUAUCAGGACGAAAGUAAGUGGGUAGAGAUGGCUAUUCAUAAUAUAGCAUCAUCGGGGAAAUUCUCAUCAGAUCGCACAAUUGCGGAGUACGCCCGUGAGAUAUGGGGCGUCGAACCGAACUGGCAGAAACUUCCGGAUCCGCACGAGCCUCGUGAUAUUUAAACAAAUAUCCUCAUGACUAAUUUUUUCCUUUUUUUCCUUUCUUUUCACAAGAUAUUUGUCUGUCUCUUUUGUGACUAAUAAUGUCCUCUUGUCAUAAACAAUAUGUCAUAAACGAAUGUUUAUGACGAUAACUAACGCCACAACGACAACUGCACAAAGCAGUAGGAAUUAUUAUAUGCAAGAAUAUAUGUUUCAAUUAUCUUUUACAGUGUUCUAUAAAUAUUUAUUUAAAAGAAUAAGAACUUUUUAAAUGUCGCCUUUUUAUAAUAUAAAUGUGACAAAGAUAUUAUUAAGACCCUUUUAUGUUCAGCUUUUUCAUAAUGAUGGGAUUAUAGGAUGCAAUACAAUGUUACUCUAGUUAUUAGAGUACUUUUAAAGUGUUCUUUUUUUCUAUAUAUAAAAUUGGAGAGAUUGAUUUUAUCGCAUAAUGUAGCGUACGUAUAUGAACACAUCUUUUCAAAUUAUAAAUCGGCGAGUAAAAACAUCUAUGAAUUUAUUAUGAAUUAAAACUGAAGAGAUCGGAUAAGCAUAGAUGACGCCGUAUUAUAAUACUCAUACAGAUUCUAUAUGUAAUGUAAAUAUAAUUUCAAUUAAAUUUAAAUUAAAUUUUUGUUGAUAAAUUAAGUAUAUGAAGAUUCUUCUUUCACGUAAUGAUAAUUUAAUGGUGAAAGAUGAAUGAAAAAGGCUAUUUAAUGGUUUGUAUUAAUCUGAAAGAAUUAAAAAAGAAUGUACUGGCAUUAGAAAUUUUCCUGUAACUUAUCUUCCGUGCGAUUACACGAAUAUAUAUUUCAAAUAUCAAAUCAUUUAAUUUUAAUUUAUGUUCGAUUUAUUUUCAACCGUGUAUACCUCAUCUCAAAAUAAUUGCUUGCCUUUUCAAAUGUAAUAAAUUCUUAAUCUCAAUAUGUAAAAGUAUAAAAACAAAAAAACUCAAUGAAUCGUCUAUUUUGUCUUGAAUAUUAAUGAAAGAAAGGGAGACAUGCUUAUUUUCUUUUAUCAAAAGAUUUCCUGCACAUUAAUGUGGCACAGUGCUUGCAAGCACUUACAUAAUGUUUAAAUAAUACUGUAUGUUACGAAGGACAUUGUAAUUUAAUAAUAAAAAAUUAAUCUAUGGUGAAUAUGUAUUUUAGAAAAUAUAUAAUAUUUGCUAAAAAA